GACACCAGCCUGGCUUCCUGGAGACCAAAACCACAAGCAGCACAGGGAGGCGUGAGAGAUACUCACAGGCUGGGGUUGGUCGCAUGCGUGUAAGAGCGAGUGGCAGAGAGAAAGGCACAGGCAGGAACAGAGAAGGCCAGAGCGGGCGGGCGAGAGGGGCACUCGGUGGCCGCGUCCUCCGCUGGCCCUAGGAUGGUACUUCCUGCUGGCUGGCAUGCGUAGCAGCCAGAGAUGACCCCAGGCAUGUGGCUGUUCCUGGUGACCGCUGGAUCGCUGAUGGCAGCCCUCACAGGUCACCCCUCUGCAGCCCCAUCUGGCCAGGUCAACACCAGCAUUACUGAGAGUGAGCCCUUAGAGCCAGGGGAGCAGUUCGGGGUCCGCCUGGCGAACGGGAGCAGCCGCUGCAGCGGGACGGUGGAAGUCCGGAUCGGGGCGUCCUGGGAGCCCGUGUGCGGGGCGCUCUGGAGUGGCCGCGCCGCAGAGGCCGUGUGCCAAGCGCUGGGGUGCGGCGGGGCGGAGGCGGCUGCCCAGCUCACUCCACCGACCCCCGAGUCUGGGCCCGAUGCGGGGAACGCCAGCGGGGUCCCGAACGUCACGCUGGCUGGGGUGCCCGCCGUCCUGUGCAGAGGCGUCGAGUGGAGGCUCUGCGACGUGGUGGAGCACGCGUGCAGCGGCGACGAGAAGCCGGCCCGGGUCACCUGUGCAGAGAAUCGUGCACUGCGGCUGAUGGACGGCGGCGGCCCCUGCGCCGGCCGCGUGGAGAUGCUGGAGCGCGGCCAGUGGGGCUCGGUGUGCGACGACACGUGGGACCUAGAGGACGCCCACGUGGUGUGCCGGCAACUGGGCUGUGGCUGGGCAGUCCAGGCCCUGCCCGGCUUGCACUUCACACCCGGCCGAGGGCCCAUCCACCGGGACCAGGUGAACUGCUCCGGAGCCGAGGCUUACCUGUGGGACUGCCCGGGGCUGCCAGGGGACCACUACUGCGGCCACAAGGAGGAUGCGGGCGUGGUGUGCUCAGAGCACCAGUCCUGGCGCCUGACUGGGGGCGCUGACCCCUGUGAGGGGCAGGUGGAGGUAUACUUCCGAGGGUUCUGGAACACGGUGUGUGACAGUGAGUGGUACACACAGGAGGCCAAAGUGCUCUGCCAGACCUUGGGCUGCGGAAAUGUGGUUGAACAGCCCAAGGGGCUGCCCCACUCCUUGUCGGGCAAGAUGUUCUACUCAUGCAAAGGGGAGGAGCCCACCCUCUCCGACUGCUUCUGGCGGUUCAACAACUCCAACCUCUGUAGAGAGUCACAUGCAGCCCGGGUCCUCUGCUCAGGUUCCCGGAGCUUGCACAAUCUGUCCACUCCCGAAGUCCCAGCAAGUGUUCAGCCGGCCACUGUAGAACCUUCUGUGACAGUGAAAACAGAGGCCAUGGGAUCUCCGGAGUUAAUGCUUCUCAUCCCCUGCAUUGUUCUGGGAAUUCUCCUCCUUGGCUCACUCAUCUCCAUAGCCUUUAUUCUCUUGAAAAUCAAAGGAAAAUAUGCCAUCCCCACUAUGGUGAACCACCAGCACCCACCCACCACCAUCCCAGCAGGCAUGAAUAGCUAUCAAGUGGUCCCCAUUACCAUCCCCAAAGAAGAAGUUCUCAACCUGCCCAUCCAGGUCCGGGCCCCAGCCCCUGAGGACUCGGACUCCAGUUCAGACACAGACUAUGAGCACUAUGACUUCAGCACCCAGCCUCCCGUGGCCCUGACCACCUUCUACAACUCACAGCGGCACCGGGUCACAGACGAGGAGGCCCAGCAGAACAGGUUCCACAUGCCUCCCUUGGAGGAAGGACUUGAAGAGUUGCACGUUUCCCACAACCCAGCUACCAACCCCGGAUACUGCGCUGUAGACCCUCCCUCCCUGGACCCUCAAGGCCACACAAGGAGCAACAGUGGGUCCAGCACAUCUUCCGGGGAGAAUUACUGCAAUAACACUGGCAACCAGCAGCCUCCAUGGAAUCCCCAGGUGUUUUCUUCACAGAGGAGUUCCUUCCUGGAACAGCCCCCAAACCUGGAGCUGGCCGGCUCCCGGACAACUUUUUCAGCUGAGAACUUGGCUCUGCUGAACUGUGCAGGCCUCCCAGUUCUGGCAGCUGCCGAAGUGGCUGUCUCCUGGCAGAAGGUGACUGGCUCUGGGGGUUUUCAGCAGGGCCAUCGGCUGAUGACAGCUCUAGCACUUCAUCCGGAUCCGGGGAGUGGUACCAGAACUUCCAGCCGCGGCCUCCUCAACCCCCUUCAGAGGAGCAAUUUGGGUGUCCAGGGUCCCCCAGUCCCCAGCCUCACUCCACUGAUACUGAUGACUACGAUGACAUUGGAGCAGCCUAGACUGGAUCCAGCUGAGGCCCGUGGGGUGGCUUCCCCUGUCCCCAUCUCCUGCUGGACCUACUGGCCUUCCCCACUCCCCCAAAGGUGCCCCCAUGGCGCUGAGAGCCCCCCUAGAGAGAUGGAAGAAACACCACACCUGUGCCCCUCAGUCUUCCUCCAUCAGGCCGAACCUGCUGGCACAGCCCUCCCCGGCCCCGAUGAGCACCCCAGGGUGGAGGGUGCUCCUCCAAUCCGUGUGAGCCCUCCGUCUCUGCAAUGGACAAGAAGAGUCUGCUGGGAGCAAGAGAACUGGACCAGACUCCUGAGGCCUCAGGGGUCUGGUGGUUUGAUGCCUCAAGUCUCUGACAGCUCAGGACCAGAGGUGCUGGGAGGGACAAAAACAGGCCCCCACCAUGGUGUUGCUGUGGGAGGUCCCUUGUGCUUGGGGCUGUGGAGCUGUUGUCACUCUGAUAGGGGGCGGGGCAGCACCCUGCUGGCCCAGGGUUUUGCUCAACAUGGUAACUACCCCUGGGCAGGGCAUACAGCUUUCCUGGGCGCAGCCAGCUGACACCAAACAGGGUGAGUGUGUUCCCCCCACAAAGGGGCUGAGGCCCAAGGCCAGGCCUGACCCAGAGACUCUCAGAGCCAUCAGGGGUACACACCUGUUCUGCAGUAACUAUCCUUGGACAGUGGAUCUUUAUUCUGAAUUUCCUUCGGUUUACAAAGAGGGCCCCAGCCCAGCCCUCCCACAGACCCCAGAGACAGAGGCCCAGUCCUUGUGGGGACAGGAGUGCAGAAAUGUCUGCCAGGAGGGGGCCUGGAGGAUGCCCUAAGCCCUCAUGCACCUCCUUGAAUAGAGUCAGAUGCUCCCGUCCGGGAUGCAUAUGUAAGCGUGCGGUGUUGCACCCAGAGCCACACAGUGUCUGGGGCCCAGACCAGGCUCUGUGUCCUGUGCUGAGUAUUCCAAGAUUAAACUGAAUUGCUGAGUGAAA